AUGGAAGCCGUUGGUGAUGAAAAUUCUUGUGAUCAUACUAAAGCCAGGAGUGUUGGUUGCCUUGGUAUAGGAGAUUCUACUCUUUAUCAAGGUUUUUGGAUUUUUGCCGAAGCAUUAGAAAAUAUUAAGGAUUUUCAACAAAAUUUUAAUGCUUUGGAUACUGAUCUACUACUAGCCUCACACCCCAAAUCCGGCACCGUUUGGUUGAAAGCGUUGGCCUUCGCCAUCGUCAACCGUACCCGUUACCCUCUUUUAUCUUCUUCCAAUCACCACCCAUUGCUUACAGUUUCACCUCAUGACCUUGUUCCCUUCCUCGACUUAAAACAUGUUUAUCCAGCUAGUAGUCUCCUUGAUUUCACAAAAAGUGGUAGCCAUGAUCAUCAUUAUUCUUCAUGCAGGCUCAUGGCUACUCAUAUCCCAUACACUUCUCCACCUGAUUCGGUUACUAAUAGCGCUAUAAAUUGCAAGAUUGUUUAUAUAUGUAGGAACCCUCAAGACACCUUCAUCUCUAUGUGGCAAUUUUUUAACAAAAUGAGGACAUUGCCGGAGAGCAAUAAUAAGAGUACCCCUUCCCUAUCGAAAAUGAAAAAGAGUUGCCCUCUUUCGCUUGAAGACGCUUUUGAGUUAUUUUGCAAUGGAGUUUCAGAUUAUGGUCCGUAUUGGGAUCAUGUUCUUGGAUAUUGGAAAGAGAGUUUAGAGAGGCCUUGUAAAGUGUUGUUUUUGAAGUAUGAAGACUUGAAAAAAGAACCGGAACCUCAGUUGAAGAAACUCGCAGAAUUCUUAGGUUAUAGUAUUUCUGUAGAAGAAGAAAGUGUAGGAGUGAUCAAGGAAAUAAUAAAUUUGUGCAGUUUUCAACAUUUGAAGAAUUUGGACGUGAACAAACAUGGAAAGAUUUGGAAUAAUUCUUUAGCAAACAAAGACAUUUUCAGGAAAGGUGAGGUUGGCGAUUGGAAGAAUUACUUGACACCUGUAAUGGUUGAACGACUUGAUCGUCUCAUGGAAGAGAAGUUACAUGAGUCAGGCCUAUCAUAUUGA